AUGAUGCCUUGUGAUUUGUUUUGCCUUUUGCUACUAUUCAUCGGAGGCCGUGCGUGGCGUGCGCGGAUUGUUGUGCAGGUGUACCUGCCGGCGUGUCCCCGCUGCGCGGUUGGGGAAGAGACAAGUUUAGGGGGCUGUUGUGACACAGUUAGAUUUUCCACGUCACCUCCAGCGGUGCGGAUGCCUCCACUUCAGGUGUGGUUCCCCAUUCCCCCGUAUAUCUUUCUUUCUUUCUUUUCGUCUGCUCAUUCCACUCUGGGUGCAAUAUCCGGGAGUGUGGAAUAA